UGAUAAUAUCUUCGUAUGAAACAACAAUCGAAGUUUUAAUUUCAAUUUCCAAUUUAUGUUGAGUGGAAGUUUCAGAUGCUCACUUUCAAGUUUCAACCCAAUUCUUUAAACCUCAUCAAAACCCUUUUCAGGCCCACGCCUCUCUGUCUUCAUCUCCACUCUCCUAUAGUUCUAUGAUCGAUCUUCAAUUUUUUUUUCUUCAGAUUAAGAAACCGAGAUGUCUGUGUUGAUAAAAACAAUUGAGCAUCUUGAAAUUUCAACAAUUUGAAAAAAAAAGACCCAGAAAAAAGGGUGAUCAAAGAUGAGUCAACCCUCUGUGAUUCUAGCAACUGCUAGUUAUGACCACACUAUUCGAUUUUGGGAGGCUCAAACUGGCAAAUGCUAUCGUAAUAUUCAAUACCCAGAUUCUCAAGUUAAUAGGCUUGAAAUAACCCCCGAUAAGCGGUAUUUAGCUACAGCUGGGAAUCCACACAUUCGGUUGUUCGAUAUCAAUUCGAGUAGCCCUCAACCGGUGAUGAGUUAUGAUUCUCAUACGAAUAAUGUUAUGGCAGUUGGGUUUCCGUCUGAUGGAAAUUGGAUGUACUCGGGUUCUGAAGAUGGUACAGUGAAGAUAUGGGACCUUAGAGCACCGGGCUGUCAAAGGGAAUAUGAAAGCCGUGCUGCAGUUAAUACUGUUGUCCUGCACCCAAAUCAGACUGAACUAAUAUCAGGAGACCAGAAUGGAAAUAUUCGGGUUUGGGAUCUGACAGCAAAUUCAUGCAGCUGUGAAUUGGUACCAGAGGUUGAUACAGCUGUAAGAUCUUUGACAGUAAUGUUUGAUGGAACCUUGGUAGUUGCUGCAAAUAAUCAUGGAACCUGCUUUGUUUGGCGUUUGUUGAGCGGCACACAGACAAUGACAAAUUUUGAGCCACUUCAUAGGCUUCAAGCACACAAAGGAUACAUCCUUAAGUGCCUUCUUUCACCCGAGUAUUGUGAACCUCAUAGAUACUUGGCAACUGCAUCUUCUGAUAACACAGUGAAGAUAUGGAAUGUGGACAAUCAUUUCACCUUGGAGAAAACUUUAUCUGGGCAUGAACGUUGGGUAUGGGACUGUGUUUUUUCUGUAGAUGGCGCCUACCUCAUUACAGCUUCCUCGGACGCGAGUGCAAAGCUGUGGUCAAUGACAAAUGGCGAAGUCAUACAAACAUAUCAAGGUCAUCAUAAAGCUGUUGUUUGCUGUGCUCUAAAUGAUGGAGCUGAAGUAUCUUCUGCAUAACCGUCUCAUGUCAACUGCCCUUUUCUUCUUACAAGUAAAUCCCGUUAUAUAUGUUAUUACAUUGGACUGAUCAGGCUCUGUACAUAAUAUCUUGAUAGACUAUUGCAGUCGUGCAGGUAUGUAGCCAUGCUUGAUGAUUUUCGAUUCUUCCUUUUAAUUGUUAUUAAUGGUUGGUUGUGGUUUUUGCAUACGAAAUUUGCGUGACGAACAAACAGUUAAUCGUGGACUUGCAGAUUGCCUUUCCUAUUGAAUACAUAAAUCUUUGAAUA